AUGCCUUUGUUCCUGCCAAAUUUAUCCGAGGCAAAAGAAAAGCAUGCAAUCACAGCUAUUGCAAUUGAUGCAGACAAGAACAGCCAGCUUGCUGUGAAAUGGGCUAUAGAAAACUUUUCAAACCACAACAACCAUCAUUUCAUCCUUGUUCAUGUUCGAACCAAAACCUUUAAUCCACAGGAUUUUGAUGCUGCGCCUAAAGAGGGUCGCCCACCAACUCAGCAGGAGGUGGAGAUAUUCAUUCCAUACCGUGGAUUUUGUGAGCGAAAAGGAGUUGAAUCGAAGGAAGUAGUCAUACAUGAUAUUGACAUUGCAAAAGCACUUAUUGAUUAUAUUGGUAACAAUUGCAUUGACAAUAUUGUUCUUGGUGCUUCCAGCAGGAAUCCUCUAACAAGGAAAUUUAGGAAUCUAGAUAUUCCAUCUAGCUUACUAAAACUUGCACCACAUUCAUGUGGAGUAUAUGUUAUAUCAAAAGGAAAAAUUCAGACUUCCCGAAGUCGACCUCAGAAACCUGCUACUGCUGCUAGUAUUCCAAGGCUACCUCAGACACCUACUAGUACUGCUAGUAGUCCAAGAAAACCUCAAACACCUACUAGUGAUGCUUCUAGUCCAAGGCAAGUUCAAACACCUAGCGGUGCUGCUACUCCUCCGGAGCAGCCUCUAACACCUACCAGCCCUGCGGCUACUCUCUGGCAACCUGAAACACCACCUAGUUAUGCUGCAACUCCCAGGAAUCUUCAAAUGCUUACUCAUAUGGGUACUUCUCCAUGGCAACAAAAUCACCAGGGUUCAGUACCUUAUCUUCUAUACGAUAGCCCAAAACAUGAAGAUGUGUCUAGUAAUCCAAUGCCGAUGGCAACACGUGAGGAGUGUACCUUCAACUACAGGACUCGUACGACAUCAAUGGAUGGUCCGGCAUUGAAUGCGUUAAAUGGAGAUUAUGUAUCACGUCUCAGUGAAUUUUCAGGGCCACCAAGUUUUGUGUCAACAGAAAUUUCCUCUGAAGAUUUGGAAUUCUCAAUAACAUCAGAAAGUUGCAAGGACUUCUCACCAACCACAAAUGAGGUGGAAGCGGAAUUAAGGAGACUUAAACUCGAAUUGAAGCAAUCUAUGGAAAUGUAUAAUUCGGUUUGCAAAGAAGCUGUUUUGGCCAGACAUAUGGCAAGCGAGCUUCAGGUUUUGCAUGCAUUGAAAGCACGUAAAUUAGAUGAAGCAAAGCUGGCUGAGGAGGCUGCAUUGUCAUUGGCAGAGAUGGAGAAGCAAAAGGCCAAGAAAGCUAUCGAAGCAGCAAAAAUGGCACAGAGGCUAGCACAAAUGGAAGCUCAGAAGAGACAUGAAGCAGAAAUGAGGGCCAUGCAAGAGGCAGAAGAGAGGAAAAAAGCAAUGAAAUCUUUGGCACAAAAUAUUGUGCUAUAUCGGAAAUAUACUAUCGAAGAGAUAGAAGUUGCAACAAAUUACUUUGAAAGCUCCAACAAGAUUGGUGAAGGCGGAUAUGGACCUGUUUAUAAAGCCACGCUUGAUCACACUCCUGUUGCCAUCAAAGUUUUGAGACCAGACUUGUCACAGGGCCAGAGACAAUUUCAUAAUGAGGUUCAGGUUUUGAGCAACAUGAGACAUCCACAUAUGGUUAUCCUGCUUGGUGCCUGCCCAGAGUAUGGAUGCCUCGUGUAUGAGCACAUGGAAAAGGGUAGCUUGGAAGACUGCCUCUUCAGGAAAGGCAACACUCCUCCAAUCCCAUGGAGAAAACGUUUUAGCAUAGCUUCUGAAAUCGCCACCGGCCUUCUUUUCCUUCAUGAAACAAAACCAGAACCCUUGGUGCAUCGCGAUCUUAAGCCUGCAAACAUUCUCUUAGACAGGAAUUAUGUGAGCAAGAUUUCGGAUGUGGGUUUGGCCAGGCUUGUUCCGCCAGCUUUAGCUGACAGUAUUACCCAAUAUUGCCUGACGGAAGCAGCUGGCACGUUUUGUUAUAUUGAUCCGGAAUAUCAGCAGACAGGACUGUUAGGCGUCAAGUCAGAUUUGUAUUCAUUAGGUAUAAUACUUUUACAGCUUAUUACAGCAAAGAAUCCCAUGGGUCUAUCCCACCAGGUUGAGCAGGCCAUUGAGAAAGGAACCUUCUCAGAUAUUCUUGACCCAACACAGACAGAUUGGCUUGUAGAAGAGGCCUUAUCGCUUGCAAAACUGGCAUUGAAGUGCUGUGAGCUGAGGAAAAAGGAUAGGCCAGAUCUCGCAUCAGUCGUUUUGCCAGAGCUGAACCGGCUAAAACAUCUUGUAUUGGCUGAUGAAACUGAUGAAAAUCACAGAGUCUUACCACAACCCCAUCCUUACGGUUCAGUUUCAAAAGGGAAGUGUCAUAACAGUCAGGAUGGCAGCGGCGUUUCAAGGACAUGUCCAAGUUCUUCAGCUUCAACUCUAACGACACUUCCAGCAGCAGGAAAGCUAGAAUCGCUCCGCCACAGAGAGGAGACCGAGCAAGAGAAAAAGCCGCCUUGGGAAAAUUCCUUGGUUGCAGCUGGUCGUCAUUUUCAAGUUGUGCUUCUAAUCCUAAUGCUCCGAUCCACAGGUUGA